UGAUUGGCCAGUUAACCUUUAACUUUUUAAACUGCUUAACAGUUAACAAUUUGGCAAUUACCUUCCUUCAGUCUGCUUCAGUCUGGAUAUUCAAGAGCUGUGGAAAAUGUUUUAAGCAAAGCUUUUGGGUUCAAUUAUAAUACUGAUCACAGGGACAGGUAAAAACAAAUGUAUUAUUUUACAUUUAAUUAGUUUCAGUUAUUCUUAAUACCCUUGCUAUCAUUGAUAAAGUAUGUUUGUGUGUGAAAACAUUCUGUGAGAAAGAUGUUCAAUCAUAAUGUUAUUGUUUUUUUCACCAGAUGGUUAUCACGUCUCUAUACUGUUUCAGUGCACCUAUAGUUCCCUUGAUCUUAGUAACGUGGAACUCAUUAUUUCAACUUCCUUUAAUAAAGCUGUUCAAAUGCAAUUCAACAGCACUCUUGGAAAGUAUGUAGGGUUUACUAAGAUCGGAAUGAAGUUGGCACACUUGUCGAACAACAAUAACAAAAUCUUGUCACAUUUAAACAAUUUGCUGCACAAAUGCAAACAUUAUGGAGAAAUUGGUUACCCAGCCAUUGUUAAUAAAUUGGGUAAGUUGCAACCCAAGAUAAAGCUUAGGUCAGUGAAACAGGUAGGCAGCAGCAAUCCUGCUGCAUUGGUGUGCAGUGCAUUCGACUUCUACCCUGAACAGAUCAAAGUUUCCUGGCUGAUAGACGGUAAAGAUAUGACCACUGAUGCAGUGUCCAUCGAGGAGAUGGCUAAUGGGGACUGGUACUACCAGAUUCACUCCCACCUUGAAUAUACAGCCAAAUCUGGAGAGAAGAUCUCCUGUAUGGUGGAGCAUGGUAGCUUCAAUAAACCCAUGAUCAUCGACUGGAAUCCCUCUAUCUCGGAGUCUGACAGGAAUAAAAUCUCUAUUGGAGCCUUUGGUUUGGUGCUGGGAGUCAUCACAGCAGCUGCUGGAUUCAUGUACUACAAGAAAAAACCUGAAGGUAUGGAGGCAGUGCUGGGUGACGUGCACCCGGUACGUGCUGCUCUGCCACACCCAUCUCUGGACUCGGCCGUGAAGCCAGUGCUGAAGCGGUCUCAUAUGAAGUAA